AUGCUUUUCGCACAGAUCCGGGCCCUCUUAUCGGAGCUCGAGCUGGAGCCACCUCGGCUGAUGCGCGCCGUGCGCGCCGAGCGCGAGGCGAACCGGCAUCUUGGGGCGGCCGUCGAUGUGGCAGGAGAGAUAGAGUCCCUCGAGCUCACGGCGGAGGACGCCGAUUGCGUUUGGAAUGACUGGGUAGACUGGAGCGUCUGCCAGUUCACAUGCGGUGGAGGCGAAUCCAUCAGGACCCGGAAGGUCAGAAUAAUGGCGCAGGGGCACGGCAAGGCUUGCGAUGGCAACGCCAGAGAGUCCAGGGAGUGUACAAAGAAUGACUGUCCGGUGGACUGCUUGUGGGCAGACUGGUCGAAGUACUCGGCAUGCAGCUCGACCUGUGGUCCCGGUACAAGGAGCCGCUCACGUGACUUUCGGCAGGCGGCUGAAUUUGGCGGCGCCCAGUGCGUGGGAAACACCACACAGACGUCAGACUGCAACUUGGGCGACUGCCCGAUCGACUGCGAGUACGCCGACUGGGACCAAUGGGGCGGCUGCUCCCGGUCCUGCGGCAAGGGGACGCGAAAGCGCUUCCGAAGCAUAGCGGUGCAGCCGAGUGCCGACGGCACUCCAUGCGAAGAAAUUGGGUCGGACAUGGAAGAGACCAGCUGCGGACAGAACAGCUGCCCGGUGGACUGCGUCCUUACGGACUGGGGCUUGUGGGAGCUCUGCGACGUGAGCUGCGGCAUGGGUGUCACCCGACGCACGCGGUCAGUCCAGGCCGGCGCGGAUCUCGGGCUCGGCUAUGCAGGCUUGGCAUGCGAGAGCCUCUCCGAAAACAAGACCUGUGACAGUGGUGUCUGUCCCGUCGACUGCGAGCUCAGCGACUGGA